CUGAUGCCCUCUUGCAGCCAUUGCUGCUUCUGCGCUGGGAGUUCUCUUUUUCCCUUGAAUGUGUCUCUUCUCCAGGGCUGAGGACGCUCUUUGUGUCGGUAGGCAGCCUGCACUUGUUCCUUUCAGUCCUGGCCAGUAAAAGCAGGAAUUCUAAAAAGCAAUGAUUAUUUCUCCUGGUGCCUUUGUAUAGAGCCCUGUAAAUAGUUUAUUUGGAUUUGAGGGGAUAGAGACUGACAAACAUAUUGAAUCUCUCAGUAACUUGGCGGAUUCUGUGUUCAAAACUUCAAUGCAGUGGAAAGAGAAAUGCUUCUUUGAAAUCAGAGAAGGCUUUGAGUGAUCCGAGAGCUCAGGCGUGAGGCUGGAAACAGACCACAACAAGAAGGUUUUUUGUUGGUUUUUUUAUGGCACGUAAAGGUUGCCCUUGAGGUUCCCACAUCCACAUCCUUUACAAAUGUGGCUGGGCUAUUGAGACAACUAGUUCUGGAGCUGGAAACCACUGGGACAGGUCCGAGCUGGGGCCUUUCCCAAGUCCCUCGUGUCACACUCAAUACCUGGGUUAAACAAAGAAAAUUGUGUUUGCCAGUCUCGCUAGCUAAAGUCACAAGAUUCUGAGUAUCAUGCAACACUCUGGAAUUCCUACAAAAACUCGUCAGCAGGGGUACGCUGCCCGCUACGCAGAAACGGCCGUGCAUCGGACUUUCCAGAUAAAAACAUUUAGUACAGAGCUGAAAAACCAUGUGAUGGUCAUGGAUUUUGUGAAGAGUAACUGGUUUCCCUCCCAGAGAAGAGCCAAAGUUUCUAUCAUCCAUAUGUGUCAAGGCUUGAAGACGGCUGAGCAGACAGCCAGCAGAUAUGAGAUCCACAGUCGACUCUUCUCAUCCCCCAAAGAUCAUUCUGCCUGGGAAAGAAAUGAAAGUCUUUCGAACGCAGGAUUACGGGACAACUACCACAGUACAAGCGAUCAAAUUGCCCUUAAAAAUCUCCAGUCUGAUGUUACAGAGGCGAAAUCUGACUUCACCAAGGAGACCCUGGCAUCACAAAACACAAAAAUGAUUUCAUCCAUAGUAAUCUCCCAGAUGAUUGAUGAGAAUAAGUCAAGAGAAAACAAGGCCUCCUUGCCUCUGCCGUGUGCAAUGGCUCAGUCUCGUGGACAUCACAUCAAGCAAUCUGUGGCUAAUCGCAGCGGAGUCAACAUUCACAGGGCAUUUGCAUUCCUACCGGGCAGAUUAGGAAUCCCAACACCGUCAGAUGAGCGAGGACCUGAGACAGAACUGCCACCCAAAGAGGAGAGCCCCUGUGAGGGCCCCCGCAGAGGUUUUGCGUCCAUCACCAUCACAGCCAGGCGUGUGGGCGCCCCAGCCAGUGCCCUGGUAUGGGGGACUGUUGGGGACUCUCUGUGUCCUAAGUGCAGGGCUGAGGACACUGUGUUCCAGGCGCCUCCAGCUCUGGCCAAUGGCCCCCAUCCAGGUCGGCACCAGAGAGCUUUUGCUUGCACAGAGUUCUCCAGAAACAGCUCGGAGGUGCGGCUGAAGGUUCCUGAGGCCCCCAUGGGGUUGUGUGAGAGACGCAAGGCCUGGGUCACCCAUGCCGAUGAGACCAGUUUUUCUGCAGACACCCCACUGUCAGGAAAGAGCCCACUGGUGUUCAGUUCCUGUAUCCACCUCAGGGUGUCUCAGCAGUGUCCAACUUCCAUCUAUUACGUAGACAAGUCUCUCUCCAUUCCCUUUGAGCAACCUCAAAUUGCCAGCCCCAAAAUGCACAGAUCCGUCCUGUCGCUCAACCUCAAUUGUAGUUCCCACAGAUUAACAGCAGAUGGAGUAGAUGGCAUAGUGAACGGAGAGCCAAUAAGCGCAGGCCCGAAGCAGGAGCUCGUGGAGGGAGACCAGGACGUCCUAGGCCAGCGCUGGGACCCAGGUUUACAAGAAAGUCACUUGAAGGAAACCCCAUCAUUGGGGCGGGUGCAUUUGGGGACUGACACAUGUCCUUGGAGUGAUUCUUUUCCAUUGGAAAACACAGAAUUUGCAGACGUGGGAACUAACCAGGUCACCGUAAGAAAAGGGAUAAAGGACCAUGAGGCUCAUUGUCAUGCCAGCGGUCAUGCCAACCAACUGUCCAUUCACAUUCCUGGCUGGAGUUACAGGGCAGUACACACAGAAGUAUUUUCUGGAAGCAGCAAGAGGCAACCAGGAGAAGCAUGCCUGACUCUGUCUGCUCCUCCAGUGGAACAGAAGCCCACUAAACAUUUCCUUCCCUUUGGGGAUAGCUCUCCAAGCGAUGACUGUCUGUCUAGAGACCUUUCUGAGCCCACUGAGAGACGACGUCAAAGCUUCCUGAAACCCAGAAUCCCUUUUCCUGGGUUUCUUUGCCCCUUACAAGAUGUAUGCACAUCUCCGCAGGAAGACAAUGGCGUUCAGAUAGAAAGCAAGUUACCCCAAGGAGAUUACACAUGCUGUGACUUGGUUGUAAAAAUAAAGGAAUGUAAGAAGAAUGAGGACCCCACCACGCCUGAGCCCUCCCCAGCAGCACCCUCGCCAGCACCCCCCCAGGGAGCAGGGAGCCCUGGCCUGUCUGAAGACUGUUCUGAGCCUCAGCAAAUGCCUGCAAGAUCCUUGACCUUGCAGGAAGCCCUGGAAGCUCGUAAGCCUCAGUUCAUUUCUCGCUCACAAGAACGGCUGAAAAAGAUCGAACACAUGGUCCAGCAGAGGAAAGCCCAGCAGAAGGACGACCUGAGGCAGAAGCAGAGCCUCCUUCCUGUCCGUACCAGCAAGAAGCAGUUCACGGUUCCCCACCCUCUGAGUGAUAACUUGUUUAAACCCAAAGAACGGUGCAUUUCAGAGAAGGAGAUGCAUAUGCGAUCUAAGAGAAUCUAUAAUAACUUGCCGGAAGUUAAAAAGAAGAAAGAAGAACAAAGGAAAAGGGUGAUCUUACAAAGUAACAGACUCCGUGCCGAAGUCUUCAAAAAGCAACUGCUGGACCAACUCCUUCAAAGGAAUGCGGUCUAGCCACAGGCUGCGCUGCUGGCCGUGCUACCCGGACCUGGGAGGACUUCACAUGCCGGAUAACCCAUUAAACUUAGCAUUAUCUUCAUCAUGGGAAAACACUUAUUUUACUUUUGAUUUUUUUUCCGUAAAGGAAAACAUCACUUCCUGAAUUACUGCCCAAGCCAAACAUAAACAAUAAUCCUCGAGGAAACUGGCCAGCAAUCUGUUGUGGGGAAACCCCCUCGAUGUAACCCACUAGAUCCAGUCCCCUUCGUGUUUCUGCUUCUGAAUUGUACCUUUUGCUUCUGAUUUCUUCUCCCCUGCUGUUUCCUGCCAAUCAGAGAGGCCUUACAGAAGCAAGUUUGCUUAGAUCCCUGGGAAAUAUUUUACAUCAAACCUUUGGGAUCCAAAUCCAUCUCCUUUUAAGUACCAAUCCCAACACCUGACCGUUAUGCAAAUGCAAAAAUGUGGGUCAUCAUAGAGUAUAUUUUACAACUUUCUGAUCAUGUGCACCACCCAAUGCUAGAGACUGGCUUGGACACCAGUGGGUGCAAUGCCCGAGGCUGUGGAACAAACAGCCCAUCCCUUUGUGACCUGGAACAGUCAGAGUGGCCCUCAGCCACCCCCACCCGCAGCACCAUUCCUCACUAGGGAAAAGAAUCCAUUUCUAUGGAAGCUCUAAGGUAACUUCAGUGUUUUCUACAACACUCCAUGCCCUGCCCCAUUAAAAAAAAAAAAAGUUGUUUUGUUAAGAAAUAGCCUAAUGGCUCCAACUUUGCUUAUCCGUUCUUCCAAAUGUUUAUAAUUUACAUUAUUUAUAAAUAUGUGUGUUUGGGGAGCUAAGAACAAGCUAGUUUUUACAAUACAAGUGGAAAUAAAUGCAAUUAUUAUAAACAU